AUGAUUAAACAACAGCAACUUAAGGCGCAAAGCGCCCAGGUCCUUCAGACCAUUACAUACGCCACAUAUGCAUAUAAUUCAAAGACGGCAGAACAAACGCAAAGGUUGAAAUAUGGAGAUUUGGAGAUAGUAUUGAAAAAUGACCAUUUCGAAUUCGUUUGCAAAGGUGGUGCAGUGAUAUCAAAUAUAAAAGAAAUUUUAUUUAUGAAUUCAAAAAUUAAAGGAAUAACGGAUGAUAUAACAUCAAUUCCACCAGAAGAACAGAGAUAUUACGCAUUAAAUGCAUUUCCUAAAGUUUUGAAGAUUGGAAGAUUUAAUUUAAAUGAGGAAUUCAUAGAAGGUUUCCUAAAUGACAUAAUGAAGAAGGUGGAUAAGGAAUAUGUGGAUAGUGAAUUAAAUAAGAAGGCAAAUUUGGUUUAUGUUGAUGAAAAAGAUAAUGAAAUUAAAGAAAAGGUUGAAUGGUAUCAUGAAUGGACAUUGGAGACUUUUAAAGUUAAAGCUGAUACAGAAUGGUUUUCAGGAUGUUUAGACCUUAAAGCAGAUAAAACUUAUGUUAAUGAUGAGUUAGAGAAGAAAGCAGAUAAGGAAAAAGUUAUUUCAUUCAUUAAUACUGAGUUAGCAAAGAAAGCUGAUAUAUCAUUUGUUAAUGAAGAAAUAAAACAAUCAGAGGUCUAUUUUACUCCACCAUUUUUAAAUUUUAUGAAAUCAUCAGAUAAAACCUUUGAUAUAGAUUCUUUUGAAUGGAUAUGUUUCGAUGGAGUGACCAUGUAUUUAUUUUAUACAGCUGGA